CUUCGCGCCCUCAUGGUCGAGGAGCCGCUGUGUGCGGGCGACCUCACGUGUCGGCAGCCGCAGCGACGCUCCUCCUUUGAGCGCGAGCGACUCUCCACGGGAGACAUUUCGGUUCAGCGGGCGCAACGGCAGCAGCGCCGGUCCUUUGACCUGGCGCAGCAGCAGCAGCGCCGGUCCUUCGAGGAGAGCCUGCGAGUGCAGCAGCAGCGUCGGUCAUCACAACGCUCGCGCAGGUCGAGCCACGGCAGAGUGAGUCGGCGCACGAGUGAGCGGUGGCGGCUCGCGGUGGCCGGUUGGGGAUCCGUUCGCCAGAGCUCGUGCUCCGAGGGCAGCUCUCGAAGCUCCCAGGUCACGUCUGAGUCGGAGGCGAAACGGUGCAGCGGGUCCGGGGUGGAGGCAGAGGCGGCGCCGGCCGAGCCAGUGUCGGAGGCACCACCGGCGCCUCCGACCGAGAGCGCGGCGGCGGCGAGAGAGCGGAUGGAGCGGAUGGAACGGAUCGAGCAGGCGCAGUGGGCGAGGCUGGAGAAGGAGCGGAUGGAGGCAAUAGAGCAGGCGCAGUGGGCAAUGGCGGAGGAGGAGGACGACGAGGCGCCAGAGGUCCUCGAGUCAAGCUCUGAGAGCUGCCUCGGACUCUUCCUCGCCGGUGCGGCGGGCGCCGGCGCGGAGGAGCAGUCGCCGGCCUAAAUGUUUAAUAUUCGAUCUGUGUCUGUGCGUUUUGUGUCGCGGCAUGCCAUUUUUUUCAUAGCGAGUUGGCUAGAGGG